AUGGUGGAGAAGCAUGUUAUUGCGUUCAUUGUCGCCGGAGUGUGCACGGUGGUGGCGACGGUGCUCUCGGCCGGGCACAUCUUCCUGCACCUCACCAACUUUAACCAGCCCGAGACGCAGCGGUACAUCAUGCGCAUCCUGCUGCUAGUGCCGAUCUACGCCAUUGAUUCGUGGCUCUCGCUCUACUUUCACCACUGGUCGCUGUACCUCGACACGGUGCGCGACGUGUACGAGGCGUAUGUCAUCUACAACUUCUUCUCGCUCCUCAUCACCUACCUUGGCGGCGUGAGCUCGGCGUCCGCGGUCCUGGCCCGCAAGCCGCCACUCAAGCAUCCGCUCCCGCUGCGGUGGAUUCUUCAGCCAAUGGAUGUGGCCAGCCCAGGCUUUCUGCACAAGUGCAAGCUUGGUGCGCUGCAGUUUGUGCUCAUCAAGCCGGCCAUGGCUGUUGUCGCCGUCGUCUGCGAAGCGACGGGCAACUACCACGAGGGCGAGAUCCUCGACUACAAGGCGGGAUAUCUAUAUGUCACGUUCAUCAACAACGUGGCGGUGACAACAGCCAUGUACGCACUCGUUGUCUUCUAUCUCUCGACCAAGGCCGAGCUUGCGCCGCAGCAACCGAUGCUCAAGUUCCUCUGCAUCAAGGCUGUCGUCUUCUUUGCCUUUUGGCAGUCGAUCGUCAUUGCACUCCUCGUCAAAAUCGACGUCAUCCACGACGCUGGCUCAUGGACAUCCGAAGACGUCGCCACUGGCUUGCAGGACUUUCUCAUCUGCGUCGAAAUGCUCGUUGCCGCCAUCUUCCAUCGCUUUGCCUUUACCCAUGCCCCGUAUGUUAUCGUCUCGGGCGCCGCCACCCACAAGACCCCGCUCUUGGCCUCGGCGCGGUCGGCCAUGUCUGUCGCUGACGUCCUCACUGACACGCAUCAGACCAUUGUCUCGCCGCUCACCGCCGCCUCGGUCUCGGCCAUCAACAAGAUCCCAAUCCCCGGCCGGCGCCGGCGUGGCGCCGACGGCCGCAUUGUCUCGGCUCUGUAG